GGGGCGGGCCUAUGGAAAUGAGGGCCGGUUUUGGGCUGCGGGCGGCAGGUGUAUCCAUGAGGAUCGGGCUGAGGCGGGCCGGGAAGGGUGGCCCCGUUCGGUAGCAGCGCAGCCGGCCGGGCAUGGCAGCGGCCCCGCAGUGCCGCAACCCCCGCUGAGCCCGCGCUGCAGCCAUGCCUCCUCAGGAGCUGCUGGACUACGCGCCGGCCCUGCGCAGACACAGCCCGCCCCGGGGCAGCGGCCCCGAGCUGGGCAUCAAGUGCGUGCUGGUGGGCGAUGGGGCCGUGGGCAAGACCAGCCUCGUCGUCAGCUACACCACCAACGGGUACCCCGACGAGUACCAGCCCACCGCCCUCGACACCUUCUCAGUGCAGGUCCUGGUGGAUGGAGCUCCAGUGCGGAUCCAGCUGUGGGACACUGCUGGCCAGGAGGAUUUUGACUGUUUGCGCUCACUUUGCUACCCAGACACUGACGUCUUCCUUGUCUGCUUCAGUGUGGUAAAUCCAAGCUCCUUCCAAAACAUUACAGAGAAAUGGAUCCCUGAGAUACGAACUCACAACCCCCGGGCUCCAGUGCUCCUAGUGGGGACACAGGCAGACUUGCGGGAUGAUGUCAAUGUCCUCAUCAGCCUGGAUCGCUACCAUGUGAAGCCCGUGCCCCGGCCUCAGGCAGAAGGUCUAGCAGACAAAAUCCGGGCUGAAGCCUACCUGGAGUGCUCAGCACUGACCCAGAAGAACCUCAAAGAAGUGUUUGACAUGGCCAUUGUCAGCGGUGUUGAGCAUAAAGCACGUCAGGAAAAGAAGAUGACAGCCAAAGGCAUCAAAACUCUCUCCAAGUGCCGCUGGAAGAAGUUCUUCUGCUUUGUCUGAAAUUGUGCUUGGGAAGAGGAGACAAAAGAAACACGUGAUGCCAGUAUUGCUCCACACCUUCUUGGAGUGACUGCUCCUGUGGCCCCAGUGAGGAGGGUAUGAUAAGCUGCUGGGCUUGGAAACCUGGCUCUUGCUGGGUUACAGCAUCUGAUGCCUGGGAAACGUGAACUGUUGUGCUGGGAUUUGGAACGGUCCAGGCAGCUCUAAGUACCUGAUGGACACGCCUGUUGUGUCCCAGGCUAAUAUAGGAGCCUAUAUCAAAACUUAGUACUGCAGAACAGGCAUGUUCCUUACAUUGAUCAAAAUGGCCAUUUUUCUGUCUGAAACUAACAGGCUUCCAGAGUCCUGACAGAAUGAGGAGGGCAGGGACAGCUAUGGGUGACUGCAGUGUGGUCAAACACAGGCUGCUGAGACUGUAAAGCAAGGCUUGUGUUUCUCCUCUGAUUCUGCUUUUCCAAAUAGCUAGAUGCCACUUGGCUGGGAAAAAAAGCUGCACUCUUUCUUAAAAGCCCUGUAUUCAGAGUGCCCUUGAGAAGGUUUUUCCUAAAUAAAGGCCAUUAGCCAGCUGAAGAGAACAUGCAUUGGAAGCUGCAUUGAUUCUUUAAGCAAAAUGUUCUUUGAAAAGAACUGGACUCCACUGAGUGCCAGUGCUGUAGCCCCAUCUGAAGAGGGGGUCAUGAACUUGGGGACCUGUUAUGAAAGGCCUUUGUGUAGUGAUCAGAGAGAAAGAAUAGGUGAGGAGCAGCCAAGGGUGGCUCUGUCUGCCUAGCAGAGGGCAAACUGUGUCAGUGAAAGGUUUGUAACGCUGCCAAGAGGUGAAAUGUGGAUGGAAAGUCAGCGUACGUUAGAAAAGAAAAGGAGAGAAGGUAGAAAAGCAAGGGAAUAAAAGGGAAGAAGAGGUGAAAGAAGGGAAAAUGAAUAAGGAAAGAAGGAACAGCGUUAAAUGAAAGUUGUGAUUCUACUUAAUCGGUGAGUCAUUUAGGGACUAGUGACGUCAAUUUGAGCGUAAUGUUGUCCAUACUUUAAAUUCUGAAUCAAAAAGGAAGGGUCUGUAGAGAGAGAGUUCCUCUUGGCCAGUAAAAUCCUCUGUUUCAAACCUAGACAGGAGAAUAGCAAUUACCUCAUGCUGUCCUUCCUGAGGUUGCUGAACAGGAAUGGAGGGCUCAGGGCUUCUUUCUGUUGUGCUUUCCUUUCUCAAGGAUCACAGCUUGAUCUGCUGAAACUAAAAGCAAAGGAAACUCAUGAAGUUCCUGUCAGAGACAGAUAUUUGCUAUGUUUGCUUCGUUGCCCACUCCCCUGUUUCUCGGGGGAUUCAUUUACUAGUGAGUCUACUCAUACUUUAUUGCAGAACUUGCAUUAACUUCUAAAACUUUUCUCACAGACAUUUUAUUCUGGCUUGUAUAGCAAAGUAUGACAGAUCUGUCAAGCAAUGCUUUCAAUACUUGGGGUUCUCUGCAUCUAGACAUUAUCCAUCACUUUGGGAAUGCUCUGAAAUAAUGUGAUGUUUGGGGAUAUAGCUGGGAAUGUUUGCCUUGUGCUGAAAGAAUGUGUAAUUGGGCCAGUGGGCUUGUACAAAAAUAAGUACAUACAAUCCAGUGUGGCUCUAGAUCCAAAUGCCUGCAAACAUCUCUCUUUGUGGUACAGCUCACGUAGUCCCCAGGACAUGACAUGAGGAUGCUAUUAUCAGUGGUCUGAAUGAGAUGGGCAAGUCUUCUUUCAGCCAUAGAGCUGCUUGUUGGGUAGGGCUUUGAGACCUCAACAGACUAGUGUGCCAGAAUGAGUUGUGAGUUGACAGGACUCCCCCAACCAAAAUGCUGUCCAGGUCCAGUGAGGGAUCCACAGAGAUGGAGAGUAAAAAGGCAGUCGCUAGAAGUGAGGCAUGCUACACAUCUCUAGACAGCAUACCAUGUAUUGAACAAAGCUCUCACCAUAUAUCCCAGUGUUUCUUACCUGUACAGGCACCUUUGUUAUAUUAUGACUUCAGUUUGUCUGUUGGGUCUUUAUGCAUUUCUUUAACCUGUGAAAGCAAGGAUUCAGAUGUGACCUGCUGCACUGUCCUUGUACAGAGCAAAUCCACAGGUACAAAGAACAGUAGCCUUGCCCCAUGCUGGGGAGAGCAAACAUUGUCCUGCAGUAGCUUGGUAUAAACAGGGAUUCUUUCAUUCUGGAAAAGAAACUGUACUGAGAGCUGCUUUCUUCCUCUGUGAUUGUGUCAAAUAUUUGUUCAAAUAAAUUUUUUUUUUUUUUUUAAAUGUCUGCAGUUGGCAUUCAUCAUUUUGUCAGAGCAAAGUAAGCUUGGAUUAUAGAUAGUGGAGGAGGUAUUCCAUUUUACUGACAGUAAGGUAAGAGGGGAAUUGCCUCAUUUCUCCCUUGUAAAGUUAGGACUCAACAGGAGUAAAAAUCCCUCCCCCUCCAAUCACUGAAAGCCUUGAAGAUCCUCCUGUGGCCUCAGAUAAUGUUCCCCUCCCUCAGCAGCUGCUCAGGAUGGAGGCUGCUGAAAGGACAAACAAUGAGUUUGCAAUGCUCCUGGUGCCCCUCCUUAAGCCAUCAGCCAGGGACUGGUCUGGAGGGCCUCAGACAAGCCCAAAUGGAACUUGUGUUUGGAGACCUAAUAACAGCUUGCUGCUCUGUCAUUAGGCUGGUAGGUAAUUUUGCCACUGAACUCACUUAAAUUUGGUAGUUAAACACUAGCAAGUGCUUAAUGAAAUGCUGAAAAGUUUGCUUCUACAACAUCAAAACUCUAUCCUAAAAGUUCACACACAGGACUAUGGAGGGCUUUUAUCUGUCUGCAUUUGGGGCUCAGAUUAAAAAAAAAAAACAAAACAACAAAACAUGGUGGAGCACAGGCAAUGAGCACACCAAAUGC